AUUGUUGUUAUUUCUAGUUUGUUUAUCCAUAAUUAGUUUUUUCUUGGGAUAUGCAAACUUGGAACCUUUUAAAAUAAAGUGGGAAUAGCAUGGAGCAUGAAGCAUGCAGCGGGAAAUGGCGUCAACAUUCUCCUGCUUUUGAUUCAUUUUCUCUCUUGCCUAUAUUCGUUGACGCCAUUGUUGAUUUCUUAUUUUCCGAAAGCAGGCAGGGAAUAAAGGUGAAUUGGGAUUUUCUUGUAUAUGAAUCAGUGUGCACUACACCAUUCAAAAUGGCCACUCCCGAGAUUGAAAUUCAUCACAGAUUUUUCAGAAACAGCAUUUAUUCUUCUUUUCCCAAUUCUUCGAGUGUAGCCAAAGUAGUUCGAGGAUCAUUGCCUAUGUCGGGGAAGCUAGUCACACUAUCAUCUGAAGCACUUGGUAUAGUUAGAUCUUUUAUUUUGAUUAUGGCAUGUAUAGGACCCUGACUUUUGAGUUUUGCGUCAUUGUUAAUUGGCCAAAUGUGUUGGCUUACUUUAGCAUUUGAUUCAUUUUGUAUAAGGCCAUGGAAAAUGGCUAAUAUUGAAAGUUUAUAUAUGAAUGCAAGAUAGUCUUUCAUGAA